AUGUCUGUGCCAUGGCUAGAUCAACCCGUCAUGCUGCACUCGGACAGAGAUCCGGGAACAUGCGACAUGACGCCCGAGCAGUGCGCCUUCAAGAAGGGCUACUGGGUAUUCUGGUACGAGGCCGAUCACCGCUACGCCCUCCCCACCGUCGCCUUCAUCCUGGCCUGCAUCGUCGUCUUCUCCCUCGGCCACGCCGUCUCCGUCCUGUCCCCAGAGUCGUGGACGCGCUCCCGGUCCUGGACACGGGUCGUCUCCGUCGUCAGGCUGGCCUCUUACAAGUCCUGGAGGCUUGGCCGUUGGAAUUCCCAAUCUCUGGGCACAUAUCUCCUCGGGGCUGUCGGCUUUGUUUUCUUUACCACAAUGACCCUCGCCCCCAAACCAUACUACUGGCCCGACUCUAGCUACGGUCACUCACCUCCCAUCGCCACACGAGCAGGAUGGAUGGCGCUAGGUUGCAUGCCUUUCAUCAUCCUCCUCGCAACAAAGGCCAACCCCAUAGCCACCGUCCUCGGCACAUCCCACGAGAAGCUGGUCGUGUGGCACAACUGGCUCGCCUGGGCCAUGUUCGUCCUGGCCCUGGUCCAUACCUUUCCCUUCAUCGUCGACGGCAUCGACGAGGGUACCAUAGUCGCCAGCUGGAACGACGGCGGCGUCUGGGUGACUGGCGUGAUUGCCCUUCUCGCCCAAGCAUUCUUGACAUUCUUUUCCAUCCGCUGGCUACGGGAGAGAUUCUACGAAUUCUUCAAGGCAACCCACUUCUUCGCCGCCAUCGUCUUCGUCAUCUUCUUCUUCCUACACUGCGACUUCCGCAUGACGUCGUGGGACUACUUCAUCGUCGCCGGGGUCCUGUACUCCCUGUCGUGGGCCUACUCCCAGCUGCGCGUCUACCUCCAGUACGGCGUCGGCAUGCGCGCCCGCCUCGUGCUCGAGACUGACCGGAUGAUGCGCAUCAGCGUGACCGCCCCCCCGUCUGCCGCGACCGACUGGUCCCCCGGGCAGCACAUGCUCCUCCGGUUCCCCGGCUUCGCCGGUCCCCUCCACUCCCUCACCUCGCACCCCUUCACCAUCUGCUCCCUCCCGCCGGCGGACGACCGCUCCGCCGGCAGCACCAUGGUCUUCUACGUCCGACCCCGCGGCGGCAUGACGGCCAGGCUGGCCCGCCUCGCUCGCCUCGCCGCCGGUAAGCCCGGCGGCGCUGUCGUGCCCGUCCUGCUCGACGGGCCCUACGGCGGCCUCAAGGGCCGCUGGUUCGACGGCUUCGACCACACCGUCGUCGUCGGCGGCGGCGCCGGGGUCGGCUUCACCCUCGCCCUGGCCCGCGACUUCCUCGCCGCUCGUCGACGCUGCCGCCGCCGCGGCGCAGACGGCGGCGGCGGCAUCGUUGCCUCCGCCGAGCCCAGGAUGACCCUCGUCGUGUCCGCCCGCGACCCGGACCUGUCGAGGUGGUACACCGACGCCCUGUCGGACAUGUUCGGGGAGGAGAAGGACCCCCGGAACCUCGCCGGCCUGUCCAUCCGCAUCCACCACACGGACGCGCAGGUCAGCCCGCCCGAUCCCGGCCCCGCCACCACAUCGGCCGCCUCCGCGGACGGCAGCGAACCCGACCCCGACCCCGACCCCGAGAUGGGCUCCAAGUCCGCCGCGCUCAGCCGGAUCGGCGACUUCCACGCCCGUCUGCAGUCCAGCGUCGACACCUCCGUCUUCCACGGUCGUGCCGACCUCACCGCCCUGGGCCGCGAGAUCCUCUCUUCCGCCCGGGGUCAGACCGUCGGCAUCGUCGUGUGCGGUCCUGCGUCCAUGGUGCACGAUGUCGGGGCCGUUGCUGCUUCCGCUCAGGUUGCCUGCAUGAAGGGUCAGACCGACGGCCCUUCCGAGGUGUGGUUCCACAAGGAGACAUUUUCAUGA